AUGGAGUUCAAAGGAGCGUUUGUGCUUCUGGGAGUUCUGCUACUGGUCAACUGCUCAUUUCAGCAGACUCCAGCGAAGAAGAAGCCCGUGAAAAAAGGUAUAGCUAAAGAUGCUGCCAUCGAGGAGCUACAGAAACAGAUCAACGACAUUGUCCACGAGCUCAACCUACUGAAGGAGCAUCAAGCCCUGCAGACAGUGUGUUUGAAAGGCAUAAAGAGCCACAACAAGUGUUUCUUGGCCGACACCGUCAGAAAACGCUAUCACGCUGCCAGCGAGGACUGCAACGCCCUGGGCGGCGUCCUCGGUACGCCCACGUCCAGCGACGAGAACGACCAGCUCCGAGACUACGUCCGCCAGAGCGUCGGCCCGGACGAGCAGGUAUGGCUGGGCGUCAACGACAUGGUGACCGAGGGCACCUGGGUGGACCAGACCGGCUCCAGCAUCACAUUCAAAAACUGGGACGCGUCCAACAACCGGUCCCCUCAGCCGGACGGAGGCCAGGCCCACGACUGCGCCGCCCUGUCCGGGGCCUCCGGUGGGAAGUGGUUCGACGAGAACUGCCGCGAGGAGAAGCCGUCCGUCUGCCAGUUCAACAUCGUUUGAUCGCAUGCAUCCCAUAGAUGAUAGCUGCUUUAUAGUCGCGCUUUAAACCAGUGGUUCAGCUGCUUCUGCGUCAGGAAUGAAUACUCAAUAUGGAAGUCUGUCAGUUGCAUGAUACAAGUGGGUUAUUUGUGUUGGUCAAAAUAAAACUUGGAUGAACACUGUCCUGCCAUCAAUCAUUUUAAGACAUAUAUAUAUUGGAUGUUAACAAUUCAAAAUACCAGUAUUCCUGCAGUAAAAGAUGUGGGGGUGCUGGCAUGUAACAACUGGGUGUAACUUUCUAUUGUUUCUACACAUCUCCAUUAGGAUUCACUGGUUGCGAACCACUGGUUUAAACAGACAUCCUUUCACCAUUAAUGCAAUUUAACGACAAGAAUUGGGCGAGAACUAUAUGCUCAGUGAUAUUUCAUGAACAUUAAAAAAAAGAAAUAUAAUCUUCAGCCGCAUUCAUUAAAACAAUAUUUUAGUCUGCUAGCCUUGACGUCUCUUUGAACGUCUAGCCUGGUGUAGCCUUACAAAUAAACCAUGAAAACACUUUCCUCUUGUCAUUUCUUCAAGGAAAAGUUUGG